AUGCACUCCUGGCGCGACUCGGGAAACGUCAUCCUUCACCCAGUUGAUUCUCCUACAGAGUGGCCACCAGAAGCAACGUCUAUAAGCAAUGCACUGAGGGCACCGCUACCUGACUGGGUCUACUAUGGCCCACAUCCGUUCACGUCAGGACAUUGUCGAUCACUUGCCGCGGAAUUGAAAGCUCAAAGACCCCUCAUCCGGACAGGGUGCUCUGCCUCGUCGUCGUGUGAUGCCACUUCUACCGAUGCGCUGCGGCUGUCCUUUGACUUGGCCUUAUGCACCACGGCCCUCCUGCGUUCGUCGAUUCUGGUAGAGCCCGACAUACCGCAGGAUGCAAUCUCCAAGACACCCGUAAUUGCGCAUUUUCUACGCGAUUUGAUUUCAAUUUAUCUACCAGAUGCUCUCUCACUCUACAAGGCCGAAUAUGUACUCCCGAGGCAUCCGAUGUCCCACUCCAACCCACUGUGCAAGUUCAUGCCCAAGACCGCUGUUGCCUCACUUAUUGUGGGUACUGCGGCCAUAGAGAUGCCCGAAGACCGCAGUAUGCAAUCAUGUUCGGCUGAUUCUCAAGGCUCUGCAGAUGAUUCCAAUGUCAGUUUCUCCUCGUCGUCUGCUCCAAGAAGGUGGGAACCGUGGGAGCUCGACGUUCCAGGGAGGAUGGAACGACACUUCCCUAACGCAGACGAGGACGAAUCAGAAGAAAGCUCCACCACGAUAACACAGGACUCUAGCAUCAACAGGCAUCUUCUCGCCGCUGCCUCACCAGGUGACAAGGUUCUCCUGCCAUUCUUGUGUGUGUGUGAGGGGCAAGGCAUCUUUAGCCUUCUGGCGAGUACCCUUUACCAACGACUGGCGUGUGGUGUCAAAGACCCAGUUAUCGGCCUCGCGUAUCAGUAUGGCUCUUCCACGAUCCAGGUUCUCGUUGCAUGGCUCGGAGAAUGCGAUAUGUCUGAUGAUUCCUUGCCUUCCGUGCAUGUUUCCUAUCAAGACGGCUCUAUGGAUCUGCCGUCAUCGAGCAUGUUCGAUCUUCACCGUCCCGACGGGACAUUGCGACUUGCGUCCUUCGUCAUGGCUCUACAAGAACUUGUGGUUCGUGUCCGCGAAGUACUUGCCGAACAAUCCGCGAGUCCACAACCGGAACCAUUUGCCUGGCGUUCGGACUUCAAUCCAUUUGAGGAGAACAAUGGUGGUUCGGAUGAUUCCAUGUCUACAAUAGCCACAUGGGUACAGAAUGUUGCAGAAGCAACGAGUGGUUCCACUGAAAUGCUUCCUGCUCCCAUCAGUCCUCCUUCCUCCGCACUCGUUCACGAAAUGUCAUCCAGGGCGGCAUCAAGAUCUCGGUCCAGUCGAUCUGGGAAAAGCUCCGGUCCUCCGCAGCAACUGGACACAAUCGACGAGCAUAAGGACCUUAAACAGACCACGUCAAGGCCUGAGAAAUCAGACGGACGUCAGGCCGAUCAGGCCAGCAAGGCCAGUAAGACUGGAAGCAAACGACGCUCUUGCUCCGAGUUUGCGAGGGGAAAACAGGAGGAGUGGGGGAACAACAACUUCCGGGACAACCAUGUCGCCAUGUGGAUGGCCGACAGAUCGGCCGUGCUGUCGGGAUUCCUUGGAAACGAGUCCAGCGACGCAACUAUCAAGUACGAAGAAUAUACCACCUUCACAUGGCCUGCCAAGUGGAUUGCCCUCGAUAAGCUACCUCCCGUGGAUCCCCUAGUCAAUGACCUAAGGACUGAGCUUUUCAAUGCCUUCCAGGCGAGGGAGGCCAAAGCUAAGGCACCGUACCGUCCGGCCUCCGACUAUGUGUGCAAAAUCAUGACCUCCCACCUGUCGCUGAUUCUUCAUGUAUGUCGCUACAUCCUCCAGCCUCGUCCGGCUUCGGAUGCGCCGACCAACCAUGAAGUCGAAACAAGACUCGAUUGGGACUUCAUCAUGAGAACCCUGUUGCGGUCGGAUGACGUCCUGCCUUUGCUGGAACGCACUCUUCGUUUAUCUGAGAACAUCCAAGUACGCUAUGAUUUCAGUCAAAAAUACAAAGAUGAAUUCCUCUCGGUGCUGCAAGCCGAAAACCGUGCAUUCACGGAUGUAAUACGGGCUGAAACAAGCGAGGACCUUGACCAUCUUCGUGGUUAUACUACCCGGUUGAACACGGUGCAGAGCGCGUGGUUUGCGGAGCCUCGUGAAUAUUCUCUUACACGCAGCCAAAAGGAACCACUUACUGGCAAGUGUGACAGCAUCGCUGCGCUUAGGUUUCCAGACUUUUAUCCUCCGGGAUCAGAGAAGCUCCGCACCCAACACAGACUUAUCAUCCAGGACGAGGAGUCAACCGCCUAUGACGAGCCGACGCUGCAACCUGAUGAAGCUCAGGUGCGAGUGGGGGUGGCUGAGCCUCAGACGCGCACCGAUCGAGCUAUAGCGGAGGCGGGGAGCAUCUUUGGCAGCAGUCGCAAUGAGACGCUUUCUCUGCCGGCAAUCUCCAACCCGCGCAAAGAACCUCUUGCGACGCGUCUUCCUCCCCAUUCGAAGCCGACCGCUCUCCGGGAGUCACGAAGUCUUUAUGCGCCCCUUCUUGUGGUCGAACACAAGAAGGCACAUGAUGCAAGUAAAGAGUCUAAUGCGGGUACUAAGCAAUGCCGUAUGUACGCUGUCACGGCGUCGAAGUUCCUGGCGCAUCUUGGUAUCUAUGAUUUCCCUACCUUUGGGGUGGUCACCAAUGGUGCACUUGGUGCCGUUACCUGCACUUAUACGUCGCGCGCGCGAGAUGGGACUGCCUCUCCCAAGGAUCCGGAGAUUACGCGAGUCGUGGAAGCGCGUGCACGUCUGUUCAAUCUGGCGCACCCCCUCGGCGCGUUCCACUUCGCGACCUUCCUGUGUAUGGUCGCUCACGACCACGCUGCGGAGCUGCGAAAGAGGCUGGAGGAAGUCGAAGGAGACUUCAAGGCCGAGUUUCACGCGCAGGCCCGGGCUGGUCGGAGUCUUGUCUGGAGUCGGGACAUGCAGCCGGAUGUGCUUCACGCCAAGGCCGAGGCCGCUGCAAAGUCCCGUCCUCCCUCCGGGGCCUCCUCUCCCGUUCCUGCUUCGUAA